UAUGCAGAUCUAUAUGUUUUGUUAUUUUAAAUACUGAAGUUUAAUAUUGAACUAAAUACACUUCCUGUAAGCAUUUGCCCUAACCAGCCUCACCUUCAGAAAAUUGUUUCAGCAAAGGAUUUGAUCAUACAAAAUCUAAUCUCGGAGAAAAAGGCAUUGCAGUUUGAACUUGGGAGUUUAGGAGUUAUCGUAAAGAAGAUUCAGGACACUGUCAUACAAAUGAAUGAGGAGGAUAGAAGGUCGUUCUCCUCAAUGCUGGUAGGCCAAGAAGAAUGUGAAAAAAAUAGAGAUGAGGAAAAUAACAGGACUGAAGAUGUUCAAAAUCAUAGGGAAAAGUCUCCUCAUAAGGGUUCUGGGAGAGAAGCUACAAAAAACACAGCUUCACCUCUAUGUCAGGAGUGUAAUUCCAUUAGCAGCCCCUUGAUGGAGAACAAUAACCUUGACAACUCUUGUUUGUCAGAGCCUGCAUGUUCUCUUCCACGUUCAGCUUGCUCAGAGCCGGAGUCUGCUGCCAAUAUCCCAUCUGGUGCUGAUACAAAGGAUAACUGCACCACAUUAGUACAUCACCUGGAUUCUGAGUGCUCAACAACACAAGCGGAUGCCUCAUAAAAUCUGGGACAUAACGAAGCAUGUGAAGACUUGCAGUACAAGUCAAUGAUUUGACCAAAGUGGAUCUGCCCGAAUGGUUAAGGAGUUGUCUAGCAGAGCCGGCCCAACAGUAGAGGCAAAGAAGCGUGGUAUAAUUGAGGCCCAAAUUCUAAAUGCAUAAUAUUGUCAGUCAAUACCAAAAUAAUCUUUUAUAAAGAGUAAGCCUAAUAAAAAAAUUUUAUGUUCAAUGCCCUAGAUUUAUCCAUAAAUCAGCUAACAAA